AUGUCUUACAGAGGAGAUAGUUAUAAUAACCAAGACGGUGGCUAUGGUGGCUAUGGCAGAGGCUAUUCAGACGGAGGUAAUCGCGGUAAUUAUAGAGGAGGAGGCGGCGGCGGCGGUCGUUUCAACUCCUCUCGUGGAUCCUACGGAGGCGGCAGAGAUAACUUUUCAUCUGGAGGCCGUAAGAACGACUUCUAUGAGUCGGAAGCAGGUGCUAAUUUAGAAAAGAAGGAUUGGACAAACGAAAGUUUGACCCCAUUCCAGAAAGAUUUUUAUAAGGAGCAUGAAGAUGUUAGCAACCGUUCCGACGCUGAAGUCGACGCGUAUCGUAAAGAAAAGGAGAUUGUUAUUCACGGUUUGAACGUACCCAAGCCAGUUACAAAUUUCGAUGAAGCUUGUUUCCCCAACUAUGUUUUGAAGGAGGUUAAGCAAUUGGGAUUUGAAGCACCGACUGCCAUUCAACAACAAGCCUGGCCGAUGGCUAUGUCUGGUCGUGAUAUGGUUGGUAUUUCGGCUACUGGUUCUGGUAAGACUCUUACUUACUGUUUACCCGCAAUCGUCCACAUUAAUGCUCAGCCAUUGCUUGCUCCAGGUGAUGGUCCCAUUGUUCUUGUUUUGGCUCCUACUCGUGAGUUAGCAGUCCAAAUUCAAACUGAGUGCACCAAGUUCGGUCGCUCUUCUCGUAUUCGUAACACUUGUGUUUAUGGUGGUGUCCCUCGUGGUCCCCAAAUUCGUGACUUAAUUCGUGGUGUAGAAAUUUGCAUUGCUACUCCCGGUCGUCUUUUGGAUAUGCUUGAUGCCAACAAGACUAAUCUUCGUAGAGUUACUUACUUGGUUUUGGAUGAAGCUGAUCGAAUGUUGGAUAUGGGUUUCGAACCUCAAAUUCGUAAAAUCGUUGACCAAAUUCGUCCUGACCGUCAAACUUUGAUGUUUUCCGCUACAUGGCCUAAGGAGGUUCAACGUCUCGCUCGUGACUACUUGAAUGAUUACAUUCAAUGUACCGUUGGUUCUUUGGAUUUGUCUGCUUCUCACACUAUCAAACAAGUUAUUCAAGUUGUUGACAAUACUGAAAAGAGUGCACGUCUUGGCCGUGACAUUGAAGAUAUUUUGAAGGAGCAUGACAACAAGGUUUUGAUUUUCACAGGUACAAAGCGUGUUGCUGAUGAAAUUACCCGGUUUUUAAGACAAGAUGGAUGGCCCGCUCUUGCCAUUCAUGGUGACAAGGCCCAAGAUGAGCGUGAUUGGGUAUUGGGAGAGUUCCGUUCAGGAAAGUCUCCUGUUAUGGUUGCAACCGACGUUGCUUCCAGAGGUAUAGAUGUGAAAGGAAUUACUCACGUCAUUAAUUAUGACUUCCCUGGAAACACUGAAGAUUAUGUUCAUCGUAUUGGACGUACUGGUCGUGCUGGCGCUAAGGGUACCGCUUACACGUACUUCACUUCUGACAAUUCCAAACAAGCUAAGGAGUUGAUUGGAAUUUUGCGUGAAGCCAAGCAAGAGAUUGAUCCCAAAUUAGAAGAGAUGGUCCGUUACUCUGGUGGCGGUCGUUUCGGUGGUGGAUAUCGCAGAGGUGGUGGUUACGGUAGAGGAGGAGGAGGAUUCCGCCGUGGCGGUGGUGGUGGUUACGGUGGACGUGGCCGCUCCUUUACGGGUAGUAAUAACCAACCUCUCAGUCACUCUAAGUGGUAA